UUAAGUAUUCUAAACAUUAAAAGUGGGAAAAUAGAAUUUGAAAAUGUUCAGUUCAAAUCGCUUCUCCUUUAAAACGGAUAUAAGACGUCCUUGAGUAGAAACUAUCCGUCUAACAGGGAAGGAACUGAACCGUCUUAUCAAAAAUCGGAUAUGAUAUAAGAAUAUGUACACUACUUGUGAAAGCAAAAUACAUUUAUAUGACAAUGACCAUCCUGACAGCAAUAUCACGAGUAAUGAUAUUCGGAAUUGCGUUAGUCUUUGGUUUGACUUUUAUCCAGAGCACGCCAAUGGUACAAUCACAACCGCUCUCCCCUGGUGAUGGUUGUGGUUAUGACUCGAAUAACGACAUUGUUUUACUUCAGGAUGGUGUCAGAAAACUAAAGGAAGAAAACCAAGCUCUGAAACAGGAAAUCAAACAACUCCGGUAUAAUGUCGGAUUUCAAUCCAAAAUAGCCUUUACAGCCUCAGUGAGCACCUCACCUGGUGUAAAUCAUUAUAGAAUCGACAUCAUAUUUCCGAAUAUUAUCACCAACAUUGGCGGAGCCUAUAAUUCUAAAUCAGGAAAGUUCACUGCACCCUCGGAAGGCCUCUAUGUCUUCUACACUUCCGUUGUAUCUUGGGAUAACGGACACAUAUCGACAGAUAUCGUGCUGAAUGGCAAAAGUCAGGUGAGAACAAUGGCCAGAAGCAACGGGUUCGACUCUAGUUAUCCUUUCACCCUCUAUCAAACCGGAACAAACCUUGUGUGUUUGAGUUUGCGCAAAGCGGACGAGGUGUGGGUCAGAAAACAAUCCGGACAUGGAUAUAUUCUGAACGAAACUCCAUUCCACACUUUUUCAGGAUAUAAGUUAUAAGGCAAAUGUCAUUUUAAAAUGGCAUCGAUAUUUUAGCUGAAUAGGUAAAUAACAUGCAUGGGCUGAAUUUAAAAAAAAAAUUAAACAUGAUUGAUGAAGAAUGGA